AUGGCCACAGGUUCGACGGAGCGGUAUAACCGGCCGGCGCCGCUCAACACUUCGCCCUCACAGCCACGGGGCAGCAUGGGAAGCACGGGUAGCUACAGCACGUACAACUAUCAGGAACCGGUAGCGGGCUCUUUCAACGCGCCCAUGGCGACCAACACGAUGCAUUACCCCUCGGGAUACGGCCAGGACGGCCGUCCCGCGCAGAAUUUUGGAGGAUACAACGCAGCCAUGACCAUGGGCUACGAUAACUUGGCUGGCGCGACGGGCUCAGUUUACGAUAACCAGGCACAGUUCCAACGGCAGCCUGCAGCCGCUCCCAUCUUGCCAACAGACGUGUCGACGUCGUACUUCUCCAACGAUCCAAGCAGUAGCACAGGAACAUCCAACAUUCCCCAUGCGCAACCCGCGAGCGCCACGGCGACCGCAUAUCAACAGCCGCAAAUGGCAAACUACCAGACCAACAUCUCCAAUGUGGGCGGGAUGCCGCAGCAGACAGCGAGUGCCGAUGUAUCAAUGGAAGAGCAGGAUUACGCCGCCACGGGUGGCUUGGAGGAGAAAUGGAUGGAAUACCAGUCAGCACUGCGGGGUGUCUUCCAGAACGUCCGCAACGGCGUGCUCGAGAGCGCUAGCCAGUCGCUCCUGGAUGUGUCGAACUGGCUUUUAACGCAAGUCGUCGAUCUCGGCCUCAACCUUGACGAUCAAAACCUACACGGAGACCGAAUCAAGCUCUGGAACGACUUCAACCACGCAUGGCUCGCGCUUUUCCAGAUGCAGAAGGACAUGAUGGAGCCUGGAAGGCAGUUGCAACGAUCGCAGACCCUUGUCACCAAGGAAGGCUUGGAAAAGAUGGGCAAAGAGCUGGUCCGGCUUUGCGACGGCAUCGAACGCCAUGGCCUUGUCGAUUACCAAUACGGGGUUUGGGAGCAGCAGAUCAUCGAGAUUCUUGAGGCUUGCCUCGAUCAAUACGAGGCAAACGAAGAAUCCAGCGGCAACGGCGGCGGAGCCCAAGCAGGAUCCGGCUCCCAUCAAGGGAGCAGAUAA